AUGAUUUUGGAAUUAUAUCGGAAGGCUGAUGCUGAUGGCGGUGGAGGACUGGACAUAGAUGAAUUUUGUGAAGGACUGAAAGAGAUCUUCGGUACAGACAAUGAUGAAGAACUCACUGCAUUGUUCUAUAAGAUUGACAUAAACUGUGAUGGAACUGUUGACCUUGGUGAGUUAAUAGAAUACCUGGUUUGUAGAAAUGAGGCUUCAAAAUGCGUGGAUCAGAAGAAUAAUGUAUUUCCCAAAGCUAUCAAAGUGAAACCUGUAAAUCACUUUAAAGAGAUUGUUCAAGUGAUAUUCCGUCCCUUCGAAGAUGACAAGAAACUUGAACGUGAAUCUGAUGUUCACAAAGGGCAAAUCAGGACUUACCAGAGAGGUCAAUACAUCUCCAUCAGCUCCGAUGGUAUCUUAACCCUCUGGUCUGACAGAUUUGACGAAUCAUGCCAAAAAGCAUUAAACCCCAAAAAAAUGGCGCAUCCAUUCUCGCAUGAGAAGAAAAUGCACAUAAAUGGCAUGGUGUAUAUCAAAGAACUCAAACAGGUAGCUGUCUCCACUUCUGAAAGGGAAGUAUUAUUCUACCGUUGCAAUGAAUUCCCAAAGCUGUUUUCAAUCAGUCACGGUUUAAUUGUAGAGGACAACACAGUGAGUGCCAUGAACUACUGGUCCAAUGGCACUAAAGCAGUGUUAUCCAUAGGUGAUGUAGCAGGUUUUUUGUAUGUUUUGAUCUCUAACAACAUACCGGAAAAUGGCCUCUUCAGCAGCGACGCGUACGAGGAAGUCUCUCUGCGGGAUUAUCCAACUCUUUAUGUUUCAACCCUGUUAAAAAAAACCUCUAAAGACUUCCGAUGUGUUAAAAUCCCCAUUUUCAAUGACUACUGCACUAAGAUCCAAUACUUUCCAUCAAUUGAGUCAUUGGCCAUCUGCGGUAGUUCAUCCCAGACAAUGGUCAUGGUUACCCUACCCAAGACACACGGAGCUAAGUUCCCUAAAAAAGUAUUUGAGAGCACUGGAAAUAAGGACUUUUUUACCUGUGUUGAAUUCUCAGUUUUGACUGGGCAUCUGAUGACUGGUGGUACAGAUGGCUUGCUGCGGGAGUGGUAUCUCCACAAGACCAUGUCAUGCAAACAGUCAUUUGCAGGACACGUCAGAUCCAUCACCCACAUUAACCUAAAUCCCAAAGAUCAAGUUUACGUCACUUUAUCUGAGGACAAAAAUGUUCGUGUGUGGUCCGAGGAACAAAUGCUGCCUUUGCAAAGCUUCUACAUUCAAGGCAUGGAACAUGGCCCUAUCUCCAGUAUGUGUUAUAACAAAUACAACAAUGAGUUAGUCCUGGCUAACUCCCAAAUAGGAACAUAUCUUGGAAGAGGAACAGAUGUUUUUCAAGAGGCAUUAACAUCCCAUGACAAGCCCCUGUGCUGUGCUCUCUAUCACAGCAUUUACAAACAGGUCAUCUCUGUUUGCCAAAAUGGUGUGGUGACCGUGUGGGACGUAUUAACUGGAAAGGCCGCUAUGCAGUUCAAGUUAACUCCAGAUCAGCAUGUGGGGCACACUGCCAUUGCAUUUGAUGAACCACAGCGCAGACUAAUCACAGUUUCUCAGGAUGGGAAAUUGAGGCUGUGGAACUUUAACAAUGGAAAUAUGCUUGCCGUUCUUCCUGUUACCUUGCCAAAGGAGGUGACCGGUAUUGUCUGCUUGAACAAUAGGGUGUUUGUGUCGGGACGGAACUCCAAGAUAAUUUAUGACCUGGAUAUGGAGGGAUAUGACAACAGAUUUUGGGAGCACGAUUAUUUAAACGACGUUUCCUCAAUGGAUGUGCACGAAAACACACUGAUUACUGCCUCCGCUAAUGGAAAUGUUGUUAUCUGGGAUUGUGAGACUGCUGAGGUUCUCUGCUGCAUUAAUGGCAGAAAGAGCCCACGAACAUUGAUGGCAGGCAGAAGACAAAAAUGCCUGACAAAGAGCCUGUCUGUUGAAAAGAAUCCCAAAACAGGCUUGACAAGGAAUCUGCCUGAUGAGAAGAAUCCCAAAAAAUCUCGGACUAGGAACAAGACUGCUGUGAAAGCCCAUCCUCUUAUAAAAUGUCUGCAGAAAAGGGAUGUCAAAGCUGACACAGCCACACUGCUGACUUCUGCAGACGGCUACAUAUGUGCCUGGUCUGUUAACAUCAAGGGAGGUUUGCUAGGAAAGUUCAGGGCAGUGGAUGAGGAAGGUGCCUUCAUUACCACCAUGUCCACUGAUGUCAAAGAACAUAUGUUACUGACUGGGGAUAGUACUGGCAAGAUUUGUCAGUGGGACAUUCAACAAUUUGGGUUCAUGAAACAGGCAAACAAAGGGCCGUUUGAGGUUACAAAUGGAUGGCGCGUGUCAUUGGCUCAACUUCCUCUGUUGGGCUCCUGGCAAUGUCACCGUACAGAGGUGGUGAGUGUUCAGUGUGACCCAAGUUGUAAAAAGAUCAUUACUGCAGGGUUGGACUGCAACCUCCACCUAUGGGAAAACACAGGCUCCCACAUAGGCCUCUUUGGGAAAGACAAAUGGGGUGCUACGCAACUCAGCCUUGAGGAGAAAGCUGACCAGGAGGAGAUAGAAGGAGAACCAGUCCCAAUGGUGACAAGAUACUAUCAAAAGCCAGUAAUGGAAUUAUUACACGCAUUAGGGCCCACAUCACCUAUACCAAACUUAGACAAGCUCUUUAACCAAAUUGAAAAGUUAGCCAACCCAUCUCCAAAAUUAACUGAAAAACAAUUGAUGGCCAGAUGUACACAGGCCAUGAAGAUUAAAGCAGGAUUUGACUUAAGAAAAGACUUGGGCCACUUGCGAUUUCUGUAUAGUGAAGCGUACAAGCAUGCAGAACCACUAGCAACUAUGUUAGCCAAGUAUGCCAAACCUAAGUCCCGUUCCUCACGUCGCUCCAGACAGCCAUCUUCUAAAGAAGUCCACCAGGGGUCUGAAACAACAUCAACGUCAAGUUCACCAAACACCAGCAGGACCUUGGACUGCUCUAAUGCUACAAACAGCUCAACAGACAUGCAGCAUUCUGCUAAUACAGUCAAGCAGGGGGCUGCACACCAUUCAAAGCAGGUCAGUUUAACCCCCAUCUCAGAGAAAGUGCAGCUCACUCAUAGUCGGACCCAGCUAAAAUCAAAGCCGCCUCCGACACCUUUCAUCAGAGGUGGCACCGACCCUAAACAAAGUUCUCCCCAGGCAUUAAACCAGAUUAGGUCCAAAUAUGGACGUGUGCUCAAGAAUCAACAGGGACACACAUUAAAAGACAGCGUCCUCACACCAAGUCCACCAAACACCUUGUCAGGCAAGCAGGAGUCUCAGCGAACAUCAGAGGAUGUACACUUUCCACCCAUCCCUGCUAGAGUUCAGCUCACCCAUAAUCAGACCCAGCUCAAGCCAAAGCCGCCUCAGAACCCACUCAUCAGAGGUGGCACCGACCCUAAACAAAGUUCUCCCCAGGCAUUAAACCAGACUAGGUCCAAAUAUGGACGUGUGCAUAAGAUUCAACAGGGAGACACAUUAAAAGACAGCGUCCUCACACCAAGUCCACUAAACACCUUGCCUGGCAAGCAGGAGUCUAAGCGAACAUCAGAGGAUGUACACUUUCCACCCAUCCCUGAUAGGGUUCAGCUCACCCAUAAUCAGACCCAGCUCAAGCCAAAGCCGCCUCAGAACCCACUCAUCAGAGGUGGCACCGACCCUAAACAACGUUCUCCCCAGGCAUUACACCAGACUAGGUCCAAAUAUGGACGUGUGCAUAAGAUUCAACAGGGAGACACAUUAAAAGACAGCGUCAUCACACCAUGUCCACCAAUCACUCUGCCAGCUAUAAAGACCUCACCACACAUGCAGCUACCAGCAAGUACAGUCAAGCCGCGGUCCGUACACACAUCAAAGCAUGUACGCUUACCACCCAUCUCUGAAAAGGCUCAGCUCACCACAGGCUGCAAUGCUACAAAGGGCUCACCAAGAAUCAGCAGCGGAAGACAUCACAAGACGAGGUCCCCUAACCAUCUGCAACAAGCACCACCAUUUCCAAACACAGGCUCAGUUCAUGUUUGA